AACAGCCCCAUCAUCUCUCCUCUCUUCGUUUCAAGCAAGUAGCGGAAGCAACAGAAGAAGCACAGUGACCUCGGUCGAACAGAUUGCACAAGGAAGAAAAGCGAUGGUUGACGCGAAGAGAUUUAGCAGCAGCAGCAGCAGAAACCGAGGGAAGAGAUAGGAACAGGAAGAGAUGAGGUUGUGAAACAGAGCGGAGCGGUAGUGGAGGUUGGGAGACUCCCGCAUCGUUGACCUCCGCGUCAAACCGUGUUAAUUGGCACGUUGCAAUAGUCCUCGCUUCCCCUUCCACCUCUCGAUAUAAGGCCCAAAGCAUCGAGCCUCUCUCCCCACUCCAUUCGCCGCCUCUUCUCUUCCCUUCUCUGCCCUUUGAAAAGGCCGCAGAGACCACUCUGCUCCCUCCCUCCCUCUCUCUCUCUCUGUUGCCAUUGGAGUAGUGAAGGCAAAAAGGUCUCGAGAUGGGAGAGAACGGCGGCGCCAAUUGCUACCAGCAACUAGCUUUUACCCCUGCGAGUGUUUCGGUCGAGGUUAGCCACGCGCAUAAGCUUCAGGAAGCCUUCGAGUGCUACGAUGACGACGGCCGAGCCAAGAGAACCGGGACCUUGUGGACGGCAAGCGCUCACAUCGUCACGGCGGUGAUUGGCUCCGGCGUGCUGUCUCUCGCCUGGGCCAUUGCGCAGCUCGGCUGGGUCGCCGGCCCCGUGGUCAUGCUCCUCUUCUCCUUCGUCACGCACUACACCUCCACUCUCCUUGCUGACUGCUACCGCUCCGGCGACCCCAUCGCCGGGAAGCGCAACUACAGCUACACGGACGCGGUCCACGCUUACCUCGGUGGGCUAAAGGUCAAGCUCUGUGGAUUCAUCCAGUAUGCCAACCUCUUCGGCGUCGCUAUCGGUUACACCAUCGCUUCCUCCAUUAGCAUGAUGGCGAUCAAAAGGUCUAAUUGUUUCCACGAGAGAGGCCACGAGAACCCUUGCCAUGCCUCCAGCAAUCCUUACAUGAUCAUGUUCGGCAUCGCGGAGAUCUUCCUGUCGCAGAUUCCCGACUUCGACCAGAUAUGGUGGCUCUCGAUCGUCGCCGCCGUCAUGUCCUUCACCUACUCCUCCAUCGGCCUCGCUCUCGGCAUCGUCCAAGUCAUCGCGAACAAAGGAUUCAAAGGCAGCCUCACCGGAAUCAGCAUCGGCGCUGUCUCCCCGACUCAGAAGAUAUGGCGGAGCCUCCAAGCCUUGGGCGACAUUGCCUUCGCCUACUCCUUCUCCCUCAUCCUCAUAGAAAUCCAGGACACCAUCAAAGCUCCACCACCGUCGGAGGCGAAGGUGAUGAAGAAGGCUUCGGUGGUGAGCAUCGCCGUGACCACUUUCUUCUACAUGCUCUGCGGCUGCAUGGGCUACGCCGCGUUCGGCGACGGCGCGCCCGGCAACCUCCUCACCGGCUUCGGCUUCUACAACCCCUACUGGCUCCUCGACAUCGCCAACGCCGCCAUCGUCGUCCAUCUCGUCGGAGCCUACCAGGUGUUCUGCCAACCCUUGUUCGCCUUCGUGGAGAAGUGGGCGGUCCGGACAUGGCCCGACUCCACCUUCAUCACCAAGGAGGUAGCCGUCCCCCUCACCCCCACCAAGCGCUUCCGCCUCAGCCUCUUCCGCCUGGUGUGGCGCUCCACCUUCGUGGUGCUGACCACCGUCAUCUCCAUGCUGCUGCCCUUCUUCAACGACGUGGUCGCCCUGCUCGGCGCACUCGGCUUCUGGCCGCUGACCGUCUACUUCCCGGUGGAGAUGUACAUCGUGCAGAAGAGGAUACCAAGGUGGAGCCUUAGGUGGGUGUGCCUGCAAAUGCUCAGCUUAGGUUGCCUCGUGAUCACCAUAGCCGCUGCCGUCGGUUCCGUCGCCGGUAUCUUCACCGACCUCAAAGUCUACCACCCUUUUAAGACCACUUCCUAAGGUCAUAUAUAUAUAUAUAUAUAUAUAUAUUGCACUUGUAUUGUUGCUGUUGGUAUUGGGUUCUCAAUAAUAAAAAAUAUAUUUACCUCGUAA